CAAACAUGGCUCCUUCUCGCUUUAAGGGUAAACAAAACUUGUUUUUCGCAAGACAACUAUAUAGCGUAGACGCUGAAGACGAUUCAGAAACAAAUUGGUUGUGUCUACGAACGGAGGAUACAUCUUUUUUGUUUCUAAAGUCACACGUUGGCCAGCUUGAUUUGGGAAUUUUGUGAAAUGUUAGGAUUCUAGUCCAUUUUCUUAAGGAAGGAUGUCGAAAUAUUGAUAGUCAUGAUGGAACAGGACGAUGAGAAGGCAGUUUUAUCUCCGUUAGAGACGAUUUGAGCCUAAUUAUUAUUCAAGGGAGACAAUAUUCACACUUGCUGUUCAUUUUGCUUUCUGCUAUCCAUUUAUAUGACAAUCGUAUAAGCAGCUGGAAAUUUCUUUGAUACUGUUGCAGUAACCGUACUGGAAAAUCAGAUAUUGAUUUAAAAUAAAACCAUUUGCACUGAUUUACGCGAUUAAAACCAGGAUUUUCAUAGCAGGAGUAAGCGUGCAGCUAUCAUCUGAAAAUGCCAUCUUAUUCCUAAUCCGAAGUUGAUUUAGUAUUUCUAUACUGUUUGAUAACCAGCUAGCUUUUUAGGAGCUAUGAAGCCCUUUUGAGAACGGCAUCAAACCAAUCUGUGAACGCUACUUUCGUAAUUAGAUCAGUAUUUCUGACCCGAUUAAACUAAAAAUUGAUCGUCGUCACCUCCUCCGUUUUUCGUCAACCAAUAUUCGUCUCAGUUGGGAAUUGAUGGAUCUGCAAAGGUGAAAGCAAAGUGGCCACAUUGUAUACAAACGGCAUAAGCUAGGUAGCGAGGAAAAUACACCGUCGCUUGGAGUGGAUGUCGAUUGCAUUCAUUAAUUUAUGCAGAACUUGUUGAUGUGGAGAUUUAUAGAGAUAUUGUCAUAAACAUGUGCUAACAUUUUCCAGUGAUGAUUAUUGAAUGAUUCUACGUAAUAAAUCACAAAAUUCCUAUUGUGCUUCGGAGGGAAUAGAAACAAGAUAAAUCGAUUGCAUUCCUGAAUGUGAUCCCACGGUGGUCUUGAGAUAACAAAGCUUUGCAAUCGUUGUAAUAUAUAAUUAAUGAUGUAGAGUCGGACAAAGGAAGCAUGCUUGUGGAUACCCCGGAGACGACGUGAUGACUUAAUCUUUUGCCCUUCAUCUCACUAAGUUCAAUAAUUGGUUUAAAAUGACGGAGAGUGCAGCUUAUCCUAAGACAGGGCAGUCCAACUCAAACGCAAAAACCAAACUCCAGUUACUGCUCCGCCAGAUUGAGAAGGCAUCUCGACUGUCUGAAUUUCGGGUUGAUCGAAUCAAGGACCAACUACGUCAUGAGCUGAUUGAUUUGAAAGCCAAUAAACUAGCAAUGAAAUCACACGCAGUCAGCUCCAAACAUCUCAACUGUAUGGAUGAGAGUCAACAAAGGGAUAUGCUGAAAGUGGUUUCGCAGAGAGGCCGUUACUACUAUUCAUUGAAGAGCGAGGUCAAAUUUCACAUUGAUAGAAUGAGCUCCUACAACCCUCGUCUUGAACGCGCCAAAAGACUUCUUAUCCCGGCAAGGCAAGAAUCGCUGGAGGCGAUGGAACGAGGAGUCACAAAUCUUCCCGACCUCGACGGAAGUCUUGCAAUGAAACGAGAAAUGAUGCUAGCCGAUGGAAGUUUAGUUGAAGGAGAGAGAAGGAAGUAUGGGAAAUCGACUACACCAGAAUGUCUCAUAUUUCCAAGAAUCUGAACAACCAUCUUUAAUUUAUUGUACACUUUGCGGACUGUUUAGAGAUUCGAUUUGUGACGACUACCACUUACUCAAACCAACGAUCUCCAGUUAUUUUCUGGGCAUAAAUUGCAUGUAAACUGUAAGGCCUAAAAAAAAAAGAUGUUGUAUUGCCCUUUAGGUGCCAAAACAUGGGUCGGUCGGUCGGAUUUUUAAUUUUUUUUCCCUCUCCAUCCAGUGAGGAGCUGAUAUUCCUUAGUUUUUAAUGCCUUAAUAUAUUUGUUUUCUAAAAAACGGUAAACAAAAAAUAGAUUUUAAGAUUUUUGGGGCGGUCGCAAAGGGCAAUACAACAUUUUUUUAAAAAGCCUAAUUAUCAAAGAGUUUUUUUGUUGUGUGUGUUUUCUGACCGCAUGUCAUUAUCGGAAUAGAACUUGUGGGAGUUUUGCAGAGGUUAUGCAGAGCCAGUCGUAAAUAAAAACCUGACAUGGUAUACGUUUAAGCCAUUGCAUUGUCAUAAGUAAAAUAAGAUAUUGACCCCAGUAUAAACUUCAGACAAAUACAGAGCAUAAGAAAUGCUUCAUUAUGAGAUCCAAUGUUUUAACUCAUCAGAAUAUUUUUUAAAUCCUUUAAAAACAAAACUUUGUUUGGUGAAUGCCCCAAAAUUCAAUUUUUGAAAGUGACACAGAGAUAUGCAAUAAAAAACAAUAAAGAAUUAAAUUACGAAGGAAGGUUUUAUCUGGAGUGAAGCCGGGUGAAAAACAGCCCCCUUUAUCAUAAACAUAUUAAUGUGUUAUGCUAUACCUGUUUAUAUCUAUUAUCUACAUAAAGUCGUAAACAAGAGGGGAGAAAGACAGCCAGAGUUCCCAUAACGUUUUGAUCUUACAUUUAAAUAAUAUCCAUUACACACGUAAUUUUCAAUGUACAGUUUAUACAGUAGUGUUUUUAAUCUUGUUGAGAUCUAUAUUUGAGUUUCUGAUUUAACAUAUUUCUUUCUUAUUAUUUUCAUUAAUAAUUUGCAGUUUAAACUUCCAGAAUAACAGGGAUUUAAGAUGACUAGGCCUAGCUUUUACAAUGCUCUCGAUCGAAAACAGCAAUUUAAAUAACGUGCAUGACUUGAUAAUAUGAAAACAAUGGCGGAUCUAUGAUUCUCGGGCGGGGUCUCAAGUCUAAAAAUUCUCAGCUGACGAUCAAAAAGUCACCAGGGGGCACUUAUUCUUUUACGUGUAAUUUAGAUAUGGCAAACUAUUGUAUUUGGCUGGAAGAGGAGGGGGGGGGGGGGGGGAAUAUGGCGCUUGUUGUCAGAAUUCUUUUGAUUUUAUCCAAGGCAGAUAUUUUAGCAAACUGAGUGUACUUAUAUGUAUUUCUUCUUUAUGGUAGAAUUUCACUUGCAUGCAAUAUAGAUAAACAAUUAAAACAUAGAAACGUUUAAGUCUUAGUCAAUUUCAACAUCCACAUCCAGA